AAUUUUUAGUAUCCAAAACAUGAAUGCCUUGUGGCUUACGAUGAAGAACUUUCCUUUUUUUGGUAUUAUGCCCGAUCUAAUAAGUGAUUGUUGCUAUGAAGAUUAUAAAGAUAAGAAACGAGAAAAUCAGGAACGAUUGAUAGAGGAACGUUUAGAAAUUACAGAAAAACAUAAACAUAAACUUACGCUACGGCAAAAAAUGUGGGAAGCAUUUGAGAAUCCUCAUACAUCAACUGUAGCACUUGUUUUUUAUUAUGUUACUGGAUUUUUUAUUGCUUUAUCGGUUUUAUGCAAUAUUACCGAAACAGUACCAUGCAAAUAUAUGGUUGAUGAUACGACCGUUUCAUGUGGUGAGCUUUAUGAACGACAGGUAUGA